AAGUUUAAAAUAAUGAUGGAGAAAGCAGGAACAAAUGAUCUUGUUGAACAGGAGAACAGGAGGGAUGAGAGAAAACAGGAUGAUGAGAGCAGGACCCUGGAUCCUGGUCUUAUUGAGAAACUAAAAAGCGAGCUAAGUGUACCACUUCAAAAAACAAGAUCAAAGGCUACUGCAGAAGAUGGGGUAUCUAAGUUGGCACUAGAACAAUUGAUUCAGGCUGGGUCUGCGAGAGUAGGUUAUGAAAGAUCUGUAACUCAUUCAACUGUUUGGACAAGGUUUUAUAAGAUUCUCCUCGACGAGGUUGAGAUACCAUUUGUAUCCUGUAUCCAGUGUGGGAAAAUCUACACCCAUGACCGUUCCCUGGGGACAAGCAGCUUACUCAGGUACAAAAAUGAAAUUCUGUGCGCUUGGCGCCUCUAC